GCGCGGGCACAGAGGCGCACGACUGUCGCUGCUUCACUCUCUUCACCACUCUCGUCUUCACUCCAUCAUCCUGCUGGGCUCUGGUUACCGGGGCCGUGUGAGAAUGUGUUUCUAUUUUUUCCCAGCGUUCCUUUGACACGGGAAGUAGUCCCACUGGCGGAUCAUAACGGGAACGACCAGGGGAAUAUCUCGGACUGCGAGGGGGGAACGAACGGACUGCUUUAAUAGUUUAUCAAAUAAGCUUUUAAACCUAUUAUAAAUAGACGAAACUAAUCCGAGCCCGUGUUGAAUUUUUUUUGUGGAGGGAAGGACAAUCCAAGACGAAUGAUUGACUACUAAAGAGAGAGACAGAAAAGAAAAAAAAACAUAUCGUUCUUCGUUGCCAUUGCACAGGCUACCUGAAAUGCCAGCCCAUGUUAUCCGUUUAACGGGGGCGUCUCGUUAACGACCGUCGAUCACUGGGUGUCGGUGCAUCGGACCGGACGGUUCCAGGAGGCAGGCAUGUCGGCGCAGUUGCCACCCUGCGUUAUAGACUGCGGGACGGGGUAUACUAAGAUUGGCUAUGCUGGAAAUACAGAGCCUCAGUUCAUAAUGCCCUCAUGUAUAGCCAUCAGAGAGUCGGCUGGGGUGGGGGAUCAGGCUCAGAGGAGGCUUGUGCGCGGGGUGGAGGACCUGGACUUCUACAUUGGAGACGAGGCCAUCGACAAGCCCAACUAUGCAACCAAGUGGCCUAUUCGGCAUGGGAUGGUGGAAGACUGGGAUCUGAUGGAGAAGUUCAUGGAGCAAAUCAUCUUCAAAUACCUUCGGGCGGAACCAGAGGACCACAGCUUCCUUAUGACAGAGCCUCCGCUCAACACUCCAGAGAACAGAGAGUAUCUGGCAGAGAUAAUGUUUGAGACAUUCAACAUACCUGGGCUCUACAUCGCUGUACAGGCAGUGCUAGCGUUAGCUGCAUCCUGGACGUCUCGGCAGGUUGGCGAGAGAACCCUGACUGGAAUCGUCAUCGACAGCGGAGAUGGAGUCACCCAUGCCAUCCCUGUGGCAGAAGGCUACGUGAUUGGUAGCUGUAUCAAGCACAUCCCCAUCGCUGGGCGGGACAUCACGUUUUUCAUCCAACAGUUGCUGAGGGACAGAGAGGUGGGGAUUCCUCCAGAGCAGUCUCUGGAGACUGCUAAAGCUGUUAAGGAGCGCUACUGCUACAUUUGCCCAGACAUUGUGAAGGAGUUCACCAAGUACGACUCGGACCCAGCCAAAUGGAUCAAGCAGUACCACGGUAUCAACUCUGUCAGCAAGAACCCCUUCCACAUCGACGUAGGCUACGAGCGAUUCCUCGGCCCAGAGAUCUUCUUCCACCCAGAGUUUGCCAAUCCUGACUUCAUGCAACCAAUUUCAGACGUUGUCGAUGAGGUCAUUCAGAACUGUCCAAUUGAUGUAAGAAGACCACUAUACAAGAACAUCGUGCUCUCUGGGGGGUCCACCAUGUUCCGGGACUUUGGCCGUCGUAUGCAGAGGGACUUAAAAAGGGUGGUGGACGCCCGACUGAAGAUCAGCGAACAGCUCAGCGGAGGAAGAAUCAAGCCUAAGCCAAUGGAGGUUCAAGUCGUGACUCACCACAUGCAGCGCUACGCAGUCUGGUUUGGAGGCUCAAUGCUGGCAUCCACGCCGGAGUUUCUGCAGGUAUGUCACUCCAAGAAGGACUACGAUGAGAUUGGCCCUAGCAUCUGUCGCCAUAAUCCUGUGUUUGGAGUCAUGUCUUGAUGCCAAGCGCACAGCAGAGGACUAGCCUGUCAGCCUGUUAGCCUAGUAGUAGCUAUCAGCCCGUUAGCUGGCAGCUAGCCUGUUGCUUGCUAACAUGCAAGCCCUCUGGCCACACAGUAUGUUUGCCUGGUAUGGCCCCUGAAAAAGUAUCCCACUGCUUAGUGCAUUUCAGUUGUAAGCCAGUGAGAAAUUUGUGAUUGCAAAGGCUCAAUCCAAACAGAUCAGGUGUGAUUUUGCAAAUGGAUUUGGAUUAGUUUACUUUGCUGCAGUACGAAUGCAGCCUUUAUCGUGUUUCGUGUUGUCCUGAAACAGCUUCCCCUUGAAUCACUGUCCUGCUUGCUACACAAUCAAAGUGUGUCAAUUGAUCACACAUUCAUGUCGUACAAUAUUGGCCUAGUCUUAUAGAGAGUACUUGAUAGAUGCUGUGAGUAACCUAUUUAUUUUAGGUGUAUGAUAAGAGUUAAUUAAUCAAAAGAACAUGACCACAUAAUUGUAUUUAUUUAAAAGGGUUUAACCAGUUCUUGUUCACCACGCCAGCUCACAGCCAAUGUGCUGAUCAUACAUUCAAUGGAGAAAUGCAUAUUUUGAAACACACUUUAUUUUCAGAAGAUCCCAAAUAAAUUCCCUGCAAUGUGGGGAAUGCACAAAGAAAUGUAACAAAUGUAUAGAGCCAGGAUGCGGACAUCAAACUCCUACUGAGCACAGGGACUGACUGAUUGGGAUUGCAGGGCAACAAUGUAUUUAAGGGCUGUAGAGCAAACAUCUUGUAGUGUUGUGGAUUUCUGUCCAGAAUGACAGAAUGACAUGGUAAUAUUUUACUGUUUACUUUUUAUUGUUUGUUGUGUCAUGUUUUGAAUGAAAAGAAAAUUGAUGUGUGCAUUCUCAUACACAAUGCUAUCGGUGCCCCUUCACAAUCACGUUUUGUGCAUGCGUGCACGUGCGUGCGCGCGAGUGUGCGUGCGUGGGUGGGUGUGUGUGUGUGUGUGUGUGUGUGUGUGUGUGUGUGUGUGUGUGUGUGUGUGUGUGUGUGUGUGUGUGUGUGUGUGUGUGUGUGUGUGUGUGUGUGUGUGUGUGUGUGUGUGUGUGUGUGUCCCACUCCCGGUUUCCCUUUGAUGUGUUGCUAUGUAUUUGUGCUGACCCCUCUGUGUUCAGUGCCUGUUCAUUGUAUAAUACUAUAGGGGUGAACAGCAGAAUACUGCAUUCAGAUUGUCUAUAUAUUUGUAAAACAAAUUAUAGUUUAUCAAAGCAGAGAGAAAUAAGAAAAGAGACAUACUAUGAUGUUAUAUAUUAUAAAAUGUAGUGUAAAAUAAUUGUUAAUGUGCAGAUGUAUACUGUAGGCUUACAGAAUGCACUGAGGCAUUCAACUUGACCAUGAACAGGCCAAAACCACCAAACACUAAACCGUCCUUCCUUAAUUAUAAUUAGCUCAUGAGUGUAAAGACCUUAAAUUGUUUUUGAGGUCCAAAUUAUUCAGGAACACUGGUGUCCUUUUGCAAAGAUACACAACGUAUUAUAUCUGGAACCUAAAGAAAUGAAAUGGCUAACUAUCCCACUCUUAAUUUUAAAUUAGAUAAUGAAUAGCAACAAUAUACUAAUCUUUAGCCAAAUCUGUCUUUGACAAGAUGACAAAUUAAGGUAAAAUGGCAUUAAACAGCUCCUGGAUUUGGCAUAUGGAAAGGUUUGGGCUUGGUUUAAUUAUUCAACUUUCAUCUCUUUAUGCGCUUAUUAAAUCGUUUAUAUUAGCCACCCACAGAGAAUAUAAAUAAAUAUAUUUAAUUUUAUUAAGUCCACACAAUAGUUGGUCAUCUAUAAUAAAGGUUGUGUUGACAAUUCAUUAUAUAGUAGGCCUAUGCAUGGAAAACCGAAUGUAAUAAAGACUGCAUUUGAUAAACUGUUUUUGAUGACAAAUGACACUGAACUGAGCCAGAUGUACGAGAAAGAAUUUGAAUAAAGACACAGCACCUUCAA